UGUCUGUAAUGAAAGCAAAAAGCACCAUGUGUCAAACCAGAAACCAGGAGCAUUCUGGGAGUGUGAUGCGCUUAGGACCAUGAGGAGCGCUUUGCAGAAGGAGACUGGGCCGGGCAGCGGAGUUAUUGGAGCGUCGCUCUCGGUUGCAGUUCGCGGAUCCCGGUGAUGCUGCCGACCGCUCCGGCGUUGCGCAUGCCGAGGAGCACCCCUCCCUCACGCCCGGUCCCGGUAGGAUGAAGACUCGCUGUGUGCGCUGAAGCAAUGAGGGAGGGAAUCAAGAUGAAGAUGAGAGUGGGGGUCGGUGGCAUCAUCAUCGUUACCAUGGUUACAGGAUUUAUUGUCGUGUACAACAGCAGCUCUUGUGGGAGACGGCCUUCCUCUGCGUCCAGAUCACUGCACUCCCACCACGAGGAUGCUCCAGCCACAAAGAGAAAGCAGAGUGUGCAAGUUUCCACUCUGGAAGGGGUUGCAGGUAUCACUGACCUGAAGCCUCUGAAGAUGCACUGCAGGACGUGCGCCCUGGUGACCAGCUCUGGCCACCUGACUGGCGGCAACAGGGGCGAGGAAAUCGAUCGCUCGGACUGCGUCAUUCGAAUGAACGACGCUCCCUGCGCAGGGCAUCACCUGGACGUGGGAAGGCGCACGAGUCUCCGCGUCGUGGCUCACUCCAGCCUGCAGAGGGUGCUCCGGGGCAGACAGGAACUGCUCAACGGGAGCCAGGACACAGUGUUCAUCUUCUGGGGUCCAAGCAGCUGCAUGAGACGGGACGGUAGAGGCCAUGUGUACAACAACCUCAGACUGUUAAAACACCUACUGCCCAAACUUAAAGUGUACACGAUCUCCCGGUCCAAGAUGCUGAAAUUUGAUGAGUUAUUCAAGAAGGAAACAGGCAUUGAUAGAAAGAGCUCCAACUCCUGGCUGAGCACCGGCUGGUUCACCAUGUCUAUGGCCCUGGAGCUGUGCGACAGGAUUGACGUGUUCGGCAUGGUGCCCCCCGAUUUCUGUAGAUCCUCUUUACAUCCCACGGUCCCGUAUCACUACUACGAGCCAUCGGGGCCAGACGAGUGCGCCAUGUACCUCCUUCACGAGAGGAGUCGGAAAGGAAGCCACCACCGGUUCAUCACGGAGAAGACUGUGUUUUCAAACUGGGCUCAAACUCUGAACAUCCACUUUUACCAGCCGGACUGGAAGCCCACGCCCGUCUUCACACAUGUGAACAACUCACGAGCUCCGAGUCCAGCCGGAUCCUGAAUCUGUCUCCACAGACGAUCCCUGCAGGAGAGAGUUUCCAGUUUCCAGGGAGAAUAUUCCCCCUCAGAUCAACCAGGGCUGGCCCAAGGUUGAACCGGACUAGGUUUUUGACAUCACAUUCAAAUAGGAUCAUACUACAGUACUAGACUUUUUAUGUGUUGAAAAAAAAAACAUUUUAGGAUAAAUUACCUGUAAUCUGUAAAUAAAUUCCUUACAAUCAUAUACUGAAAAUUAUUCGGUUCUGUUUUAGACUUAUUUGCAAACUGUUACUGUGUGUGAAAUGUGAUAAAAAUGGCACAAUUAUCAAAACAUCAGGUAAAUAUUUCUUUAGUAAAUGAAAUGUCAAAUAACAUUCAGUUCUUUUUUAUGUAUUUUUGAAACAGUGCUGCAAAUUUCUGAGGCAAAAAGUGACACAUCAGGACUCAUUGUGAAUAAACCAAACAGGAAUGCAAAAAAUUCAUAGGCAUGUUAUCGGCCUGGAAAGGCCGAUCACUGCGAGAAGCAACUUAUUUCCAAUAUCUAAAGCAAAGCAGGAUUCACUUGCCUCUGCUAAAGUUGUUUUUUAUGAUGCAACAAUAAGAAAAAUCUUGGGCAGAUGUCACACCGAUGAGAGGCCUAAACCGCCUCUGACCGAAAAGACCGCAAAG